UGUGGAAAGGGACGGGAAGGGGAACGGCGGAGAGAAGGCUGGAGAGAGGUGAAACCCAGACUUUGCAAUGUGAGCACGGGAAAGUGUGCAAGGCCAGGAAAAAGCGAAAAAAGAAAAGAAAAGAAAAAAGAGGGAAUAGGUGGUGAUGCCAGAGGGGCUGCGGACUGUAGACCGCCUGGGAGUCAAGCAGGAUCAGAAGCUGAAACUUGUCCACAGCUGAAGCGGGUAUUCUGGUUGAUCGUUUGGCUCCUUUGAUCCAUGCGGCCUGAAUAGGCUGGACAGGUUUUCAUCUUCGAUCCACACCUCCUGCAGCUAUGGAGAAACAGCUGGAAGAGCUGAGGCAGCAGCUGGAAAAACAAUGUCUAAUCAACCAAGAGCUGCAGAGGCAAAACAAGGACCUGGAGCAACGGCUGAAAGACAAAGAAAAACUUUUGCAGCAGCUGCAGAGUCAGUACCACGAUCUCGAGUUUCCCUCUCAGGAAGCUAAUGAGGCGGAGCCUGAAUUCAGGAAGAGUCGUGCAGCUGUUAUAGCCCCCGAGCCCAUUCCAGAGAACCUGGAGAUUUCCCGCAACAGGGUCAAGAAGACUGGCAGUGAGACAAAUCUGAUCGUCAAAGCCAUUCAGAAGAACGACUUCCUGAGCCGCCUUGACGACGAGCAAAUAGCCAUGAUGGUGGACCUCUUGAGGACAUCAGCCAUCAAACCUGGUGAAGAAGUCAUUAAGGAGGGAUCUGAAGGAGACAGCAUGUACAUAGUGGCAGCUGGUGAACUCAUCGUGACUCAGUCAGGCCGGGACCUGAGGACUCUGACCAAAGGAGACGUUUUCGGAGAGUUAGCCAUCUUGUACAACUGCAAACGGACAGCAACAGUCAAAGCUAAGACGCACGUGCAUCUGUGGUGCAUGGAGCGGCAGACCUACAGAACCAUCAUGACUAACAAAUCCAAGAAGAAACGCGAGCAGCUCAUGGGCUUCCUCAAGACGUCUCGUACGCUGAAGGACCUGAAUGACGCACAGCUGUCCAAAAUCAUUGACUCCAUGGAGGAGGUCAAGUUUCAGGAUAAAGAUGUUAUAGUUCGAGAAGGAACAGAAGGAAACACUUUCUACAUCAUCCUCAAAGGGGAGGUACUGGUGUCCAAGAACGUGAAUGGACACCAAAAGCAGAUUCGCAGGAUGGGUAAAGGAGAGCACUUUGGAGAGCAGGCGCUCAUACGCGAGAUCUUGAGAACUGCCACCUGCACAGCUGACGGCCCUGUUACCUGCUUCUCUAUUGACAAGGAGGUUUUUGAAGAGACGAUCCCCGUGGAGCACCUCGAGCUGUUCGACGACUCCAAAGUGAUGCAGGAGGCCCAAGCUCCAGAAAAGCCAAGUCCCAGCUCCACUCUGAAGUUCAAGGAUCUGGUUCCUGUUUUAUAUCAGGAGGGUCGCUAUCAAGGGGAUCCAGUCACACUUGGAGUUGGAGGAUUUGGUCGUGUGCAGCUGAUGACCACGGUGAGUCAUGGGAAAUACUACGCCAUGAAACGAGUCAGCAAAAAGCAAAUCGUUGCCAAGAGGCAGGAGGAACACAUGCUGUUCGAGAAGAAGAUCCUCAAAGCAAUCCAGUGUGACUUCAUUGUAAAACUUUAUGCUGCGUUCAAAGACACGAGGUACAUCUACAUGGUGAUGGAGUUCUGUGGCGGUGGCGAGAUCUGGACUAAACUGAAAGAAGUAGGGCGCUUUGAUGAACACGUCGCUGUGUUCUGUACUGCCUGCGUGGUGGAGGCCUACGCUUACCUCCACAAGAAGAACAUCAUGUACAGAGACCUUAAACCUGAGAACCUGAUGCUGGACAUGAAAGGCUAUAUCAAACUGGUUGACUUUGGUUUUGCAAAGGAACUGAUACGUGGUGAAAAGACCUACUCGUUUGUGGGCACCCCUGAGUACAUGGCUCCAGAGAUCAUCAAGAACCAGGGUCACGACUUUGCAGUUGAUUUCUGGUCACUGGGCAUCCUGAUCUUUGAACUUUUGGUGGGAAGCCCUCCAUUUUCAAGCUCAGAGCCUCAGAAGAUUUAUUCCAAAAUUUUGGAUGGAGAACUCAAGUUUCCACCUUAUCUGAGUGAGGCAGCAAAGUCAAUCAUCAGCAAACUGUGCAGACCUCGGCCAGGUCAGAGGUUAGGAAACACCAAGAAUGGAAUCAAAGAUGUCCGCCAUCACAGGUGGUACAGCAGUAUGAACUGGCACAAGCUGCGUAUGGGUCAGCUGGAUGCUCCAACCAUACGGCUCAUACGCAAGGGUCCCUGCUACAUCAACUUUGAUAAAUUUCCGCAGGACCACUCGAAGGCAGAGGAGGAGUUUUCUGGAUGGGACCGUGACUUCUAAUUCUCACGUUUGGGUUAAAGAAUCUAAGGGUGGAGGGUUUGUCCCUAUCAGUCCAGCGAGGACCUUAAGCAAAACGGCUGACCUUUGCCUACUCAGCCUCUAAAGGGGCCAAAAGAAGAUUAAUGCUACUGGGUAUUGACAUAUUGCACAACACAUUUCUUACCAAAUUUUCACACCAAUUAUAGUGAAGCUGCAGGGAUUCACUUUGACAAAAAUGUGCCGAAUCUCCUUUGUUGCAGUGCUGCAACACACACAUCUCUACAGACAGGGAGGAGGGGUUGAGACGACAUAUUAGGACUCUUGUGCUUUCAUAUUCAGCGCAAAGAGAUUUGGUAGCUGAUGAAUAAGUGUUAAAUCCAUGAAACACCUUGCAGUGAUUAUGCUGAGAUAUGGUAGAGCUUGUAUAAAACGUCCUCUCUGACCGAACAGGUCAAUAAAAUUAACACAUAUGUCAUAUAAACCAGAUCAAUUACUGUUUUCGGUACCAAUUAUAUUGCUACAUGGCAAAUUAUUUACUAGUAGGUGUGAUAGUGUAAUAAAAACCAACAGACCCAGCAGUCACGACUUGCAACUGAUUCUGUUUAAUUGAAGCAGUAAUCCAAAUGGACACGUUCAAGACAAGCGUGUAGGUUAAUCUGUGAGGUCAUUUAUUUCGUGUAAAAAAUAACAGGGGGGCCCUUAUUUAAAGAGGUACAUACCACAUGUUGAACAUGUUAGUUAUAGGGGAUUCUGGGUAAACUCCACUGCUGCCAACAUCGUUCUGAACAACUGUGUACUUAGGGUCAGUGGAUCAGAGAGGAAAACACACAAAGAAGAGCAGAAAAUCCUCCUUAUAGCUGGAAAGGUUUAAAAAAAUCCUUCCAAAUGGAAACCAAAGCAAGUCAUGAAGGCUAAACGGUGCACACAGUUCAUCAGGCAAAACCUAAACCCUGACCUGGAGCCAGAGUACACCAUGUGGGAAUGUGACUCUUGCUGUAGUGUCAGGCCUAAUUAUCACCUACCGGACGUCACGGAUUAGUUCAAUACAUCCCAAUCCUCGAAGAGGUCUUGUUGCACCACUGAAGUGAUUUUUGAACAAGACAAUAAGCCUGAGCACACCCGUUAGCGAGCAGCAUAAAGACCAACAAGAUUAGCAUAAAGAAGCUGCCAGCCCAGUUCCUGAAUUUUAACCUGAGAGGAAAUCCAUGGGGUGACGUCGAAUUUGUCGUUUCUGAGGCCAAACCUAUUGACAGGUCGAAGAAGUUGACCCACUCCCUGCAACACAAACCUGAAGCAAUCCCCAGAAACAGUGUUUAUACGGUUAAAUAGUUCUGUGAUUCAAACGAUCGAGCGCAUCUUCCUCUUUGUUUCCCCCCCCUCACUUUAAGUCAACUGAAAACUUAUUUUAAUACAGUUUUCUUCAUGGGUUGAUUUGAAAUAAAAUGUGUUUCCAAUGCAUUUGUGCAAACGGAAAUAAAAGGUGUUUGAAUCUGGA